CUACGCCGGGCGGGGGAGCCUCUCUCUCUCUAUGUGUGUGUGUCUCUCUCUAUCUCUCUCUCUCUCUCUCUGUGUGUGUGUCUCUCUCUCUCCCUCUCUCAGCUCACAGGGACAGAGAGGAGAGCGAUGCGAAGGGAUGUAAGAUGGCAGAGCUACAAAUGCUACUAGAGGAGGAGAUCCCCGCCGGCAAGAGAGCGCUUGUGGAGAGCUACCAGAACCUGUCCCGGGUGGCCGAAUACUGUGAAAACAACUAUGUCCAGGCCCAAGACAAGAGGAAGGCCCUGGAGGAGACCAAGGCCUACACCACCCAGUCUCUGGCCAGUGUGGCCUACCAGAUCAAUGCCUUAGCUAACAAUGUGCUGCAGCUGCUGGACAUCCAGGCCUCGCAACUACGACGUAUGGAGUCCUCCAUCAACCACAUCUCCCAGACAGUGGACAUUCAUAAAGAGAAGGUGGCACGCCGGGAGAUCGGCAUCCUGACCACCAAUAAAAACACCUCUCGCACCCACAAGAUCAUCGCCCCGGGCAACAUGGAGCGGCCGGUGCGCUACAUCAGAAAGCCCAUCGACUACACGCUGCUGGAUGAUGUGGGUCACGGCGUCAAGCAACAUGGGAACAAUGCAGCAGGGCGAGGAGGGACCCUCGCUAGGACCAACCCCCCGACACAGAAGCCCCCAAGUCCUCCCAUGGCUGGUCGUGGUACCCUGGGGCGUAACACUCCCUACAAGACACUGGAGCCUGUGAAGCCCCCAGUGGUGCCUAACGACUACAUGACGAGCCCAGGACGACUGGGCAGCCAGCACAGCCCUGCACGCACAGCCUCGCUCAACCAGAGGCCCAGGACACACAGUGGCAGCAGUGGGGGCAGUGGCGGAAGGGAGAACAGUGGAGGCAGUGCAGUCAGUCUCCCUCUGGCAGUUCCCACCCCCUCCCCUCCCAGUUUGGGGCAAGUAGCGACGUCCUCAGCCCCAGUACACCAGGGCCCCGGCUUGGGUCCCAUCCCCAUGUCCCAGUUCGGCACCAUCUCCCGCCAGAUUUCCCGCCACUCCUCCACCACCUCCUCGGCCUCCAUGGUGUCAGCCACCGGCACCUACCGCCGCGCACCCUCCGUCUCCUCCCAGCAGCCGCACGUCAACGGGGGCCCUGCUUACACACAGAACUCAAUGUCUGUGGCUCCUCCGCCUCCUCCUCCCAUGGUACAGCUGACCCCACAGAUCCCACUGACCGGCUUUGUAGCCAGAAUGCAGGAAACCAUAACAGACAGCCCGGCCCCGCCUCCCCCUCCUCCACCCGAGGACAUGGGAGUGUUUGAGGAACCCUCUCCUCCUCCUCCUCCCCCACCUGUGGACUACGAGGAAGAGGAUGCAUCAGUGGUCCAGUACAAUGACCCCUACGCUGACGGAGACCCCCAAUGGGCCCCCAAGAUUUUUUUAGAGAAAGUUGUGGCCAUCUACGACUACUGCCAGGACAAGGAGGACGAGCUGUCCUUCAUGGAGGGAUCCAUCAUCUACAUAAUCAAGAAGAACGAUGACGGCUGGUUCGAAGGCGUCGCCAACGGCGUCACCGGACUCUUCCCAGGAAACUACGUGGAGUCCAUCAUGCACUAUGCUGACUAAAAAGAGCAGGACACAAAAGCAGUACUGCCGUUUGGAGCACAGAUCAAACCCUGAAGAUGUACAGAUGUAUGCAGUGCAGCAAUAGCAUUCAUUCAACUCCUGUUUUCAAUGAAGUGCCAUGGUGAAGUCUUUGGAAUAUACUAAAUGCUUUUCUUUUAGGGGAGCUCGUGCUUCCAAUGUUAUGUUCCAAAAGAAAAAAAGUCCAAACGAAGGAGGGGGGUGAAGCUUUGGAUGACUGUGGUCUGUUCGUUUACACUGUCGGUUGGAAUCUUCAAACCGGGUCACAUUUAGCCUCACAAUAAAUCACAAUGAAUGAAAAUCGUUUCAAAGAACACCAUACAAAUAUGGAUGUCGUGUUACUUUGGGUAUGUGCAACCAACGCUUCCAGUAUUUAUUCCACACAGUAUACAACUGAGAUUUUAAGCCACGUUGAAGAAACAAAGAAUCUGAGAUAUUGAGAUAUUUCAAGGAAAAACACCUUUUUUAUUUAAGGAAAAAGCAGUAAGGAGAAUCCAUGCCUGAGUUCCACUCAUUCUGCAUCCAAAGUCUUGUUCCAAUCUCAGUGGUUCUUGAAAAAAAUAAUGAAAACCCCUCCCAAUAUCAUAUCAAUAACCUUGCAGUCAACCACUAAUAAACAUUUUCUCUACAAAGGAUUUUAUUCUUGUAAUAUUAUGUUAUUCUUGUAAUAAUACAACUUCCCUCUGGAAAUAAUAGAGCUGUAUUCAUGUUAUAUUACGAUUCACUUCUUGUAAUAAUACAACUUCUUAUAUAACAACUUCUCGUAAUAUUGUGACAUUAAUCUUGUGAUAUUACGAUUUUUAUUUUAAAUGUUAUGACAUUAAUCUUGUAAUACCACAGCUUCAACCUUCUACAACUUAGUUCUCUUGAUCUCAGAUUCUUUUCCUUUACGUGGCCUAAUACUCUGUAGUAGCAUUCGAUCCGACAGUGAAGUAUUACCACACUUUGAACAGAUGUGGCAGUGUAGCAAGGUGAUGACAAAAUGCUCCACAGACUGUAGACCAGCAGACCAACCACUCCCUCCUUUCCAGAACAUCCAUCUCUUCUUCUCCUCAUCAACGUUAAAAAAAAAAAAAGGACUAAAAGGACACACGAACAUCAACAAGUGCAUUAGGACACGACUGAAUGUCCUGUGCUGUCGAUGUCCAAAUCACAAGAUGUUUAAGAUGUGGGUUGAACAAAGCAACCUGGCGUUGUGUAUCUACUAUGCUCUGUGUCGAUGAGGUCGCUGUUAAAAGGGUGAAGUGAGUGUAUAGAAUGCAUUACAAAAAAAAAAGAAAGAAACCCUUUUUCUCUUGGAGUUUCUUUCCGUUCUCUAA